ACUCAUAGCUCGUUCUGUUCGUCUCGCGGUAGGUCAUCGUCGUGUUGUGGUGGAGGAGGAGGCCCCGAUGAUCCAGUUGCUGUUCGCGCUGCUGCUCGCGGAGGUGGCCGUGGUGGGGGUGCUCCUCUUCAACACUCCGCUCCGCAAGCUAGCCCUGCUCGGCCUCGACCGCCUCAAGCGCGGACGUGGCCCCCUCGUGGUGAGGACCAUCGCCGCCACAGGUCUCGUGGUUCUCGGAUCCAGCCUUUACAGCAUGUCCAAGAUCUGGAGCCGAUCCGACCAGAUCGGCGCCCUCACCCCCACCGAUCAGGUCCUCCAUAGCCGGCACUUUCUCGAGGCUUCCCUCAUGGGAUAUUCGUUGUUUCUUGCUCUAAUCAUUGACCGUCUUCACCAUUACAUAAGAGAGUGGCGUGGGUUAAGAAAGAGCAUGGAGGCUGCAACGAAGCAGAACAGAUUAUUAGAAGAAGCGAAAAGUGGGAAAUCAGAUGAGAUAAAAGGACGUGAAGAAAAGAUCACGAGUCUCAAUGAAGAGAUACAGCAAUUAAAAUUGGCUUCAGAAGAAAGAAUGAAAGAGGUAAAGACGGCAGAGGCUAAUGCCAUAGCUCUGAGAAAACAAUCUGAAGGGUUACUUCUUGAAUAUGACCGCCUCUUAGAGGACAACCAAAACCUGCGGAGCCAAUUGCAAUCAAUUGAUCACCAUUUGUCACAUUCUGAUAGCAAGAAAAAUGCAUGAGCAGAAUAUUGCAUUGGUAUGUGGGUAAGCACAAUCUGCUGCUCAUUCAUUUACAGUUUUGUUAUCAUGGUGUUGAUUUAGUUUUGAGCUCUUUGGUUUGCACAUGGUCCGAUUAAAUUAUCCAUGAUUUAGUGUUGAGCUAUUUGGUAGCCUUCUUCCAUGGUUACACAUGAUCCAAUUAACUUAUCCAUAACUGCAGUCACACAAAGCAUCUAAUAUUUGGGGUUAGUACUGUAAAGAAAACCCAAUCUUUAGACGGGUGGUUUUAUUCAUCCAUUGUCCAUGGGAUUAGCAAUGUCAUGCUCUAUUGACUCUACCGUGCUUAAGCAGACUCGACCCCUCAGAAUUGCAUGUCUUUUGCAUACUAUUUCUAUUGUCAAAUUUUUGUUUCUUCUCA